GUUAUUAAAAAGAUGAGUGACUCGGUGAGAUAUCACGGUCUCUGCGUUGAGACUAAUGCUUAGAAGCAUUAUGAUGAGGGACAUCGUUGGCGGAGCAAGGGGCAUGAGGGGGGGGGGGGGGUUGUAGAGGUACAUUUUGGGGAUUCCCCAAGGUUAAUCCAUGUCCUCCAUGAUGACGCACGUGACAAGGAUCGUUCAAAUUUUGUAACCUUUGACAAGUGCGUUAUUUUACGUGAAGCUGACCUCGUAACACCGAUUCAUCAAUAUCCGUGCACCAAGGCAAUGGUCGUCCUAUACGUGUUUCGAGAGUUACCACGCAUUUCUGUCGAUGGUUGAUUUCCACGUGACGGAAUUUUCUUUCAUUCGUGGAUGUCAUUGUAUAAUACACAUUCUAGUUCUACAUGUACCGAGGGCUUAGAAUGGAUAUUUUGUGAACAUUCGGUUCGGAAAUGCAUCUGGCAACAUGGCAUAUAAAAGCAUUGUCCACAUCGUCAUCUUCCAAUUGAUGGCAGUCAGUUCCAAUACAGAACAAGUUUUUCACAUAUCAGAAGGACAUGAUGUAACUUUACCAUGCACUGCUGCUGCCGUUGAAAAGACUAAUCUACAUUCGUUAUACUGGCAGAAAGAUGACGUCACAGUUUACUCCGUGAGAAAUAAUACGGUGGUUAUUAACAGUCGGAAUUACUCGAUUGAGAGUGUAACCUCUCUAGGAAUACAGGAUCUCGUAGAAACCGAUUCUGGAAAUUACUCCUGCAAAGUAGUAGCAGAUUUGAAAGUAAUAAAAGGCAGGCCAGUUCAGUUGAAUGUCAUAGGUGGAAGGAAUGCAGGAAUGAACGUUGGCCCUACAGAAGAAACGCCAAAUUCUGCUUUAUCGAUAUGGUUGCCAAUCGUCGUUAUACUAAUCAUCACUUUCGCUGUCCUGAUAAUAUUUGGGGCUUACAGAUACCGCAAAGAAGGAAUUUCAUUCGUGUUUGGAGACAGCAGAUUUCAACGAGCGACUACGCCUAUGUCUGAUAAUCAAGAUAAUGCAUUGGAUGACUUGAGAUUUAGUACCCUUCAACAUCGUAUGAAGAGUGUCGAAGAAGAUUUACACAGCGUGGAUGUUCCUUUGAAAGAUUUCAAUGAAGAAAUUAUCUUUGCAGAUGCUCCUGAGCUGUCGUUUAUUCUGGUCGGACAAGUUUUACUCGAUGAUCUGCGUUCGUCGUCAGAAGAGGAGAAGAAAUCGCUAAAAGCUGUCAUCAUUCGACUUCUAAACAAACGUGUAAAACCUUACAAAGAAUGCCAGUUACCAACCGAAGCAAGUACCCCUCUCAAUGCGUCGUUGUUACAGAGUUCAAUGAGGGAAAGUAUGACCAAGGAGGGUUCAACUGAUAAAGAUCUUGCCUUCGUAGAGCUUGUGCUUCAGAAACUGGAUCAGAUUCUUGAUGAAACAGACAGAGACGAAUGUGAGAUCCUCAUCACUAAACCAGACCUCAGAGAGAUCACAGAUAAAUCUCAGAUACCGGAUUAUGAAGGGAAUAGAAUCAUCAAUAGGUCAACCCAUCUGCAGACCAGCAUGAGGUCGUCGAUGAAUAGGAGCCGGCAAGCAUGUAGUAUAGAAUCUUCAGUCAUCAGAGAAGAACUAAGGACCAAGACAACACCAGAGCGCAUUGAUGCACGUAAUACUAUCUCUCAGAUAAUCCUUGAAACAAUGGAAAAGGGACAGAGGGCUAAACUUCUAAAUCGCAGUGAUGUAUCAACGUACACCGAGGAUUACUUCCAUAGUCCUGACGAUCUUGUCGAUGAUGUAGCUCGAGUUGUUGCUCUCUGGGCUAGUAAGAUAGUCAAACUAGAUGAUGAUAUCAACACUAAAAUAGAAGAGUAUCUCUACCCUCUACCAACAAGGAUAUCCGAAACGAAAAAAAUUUCAAACACAUCAAAGGAGCCAGUUGAUACAGUGAACCAUGAAUCCACAUCACAACAAGAUAAGAACACCGUACAGGGAGCUGAGAAGGAACAAGGAGCUGCUGGAAAAUGCAAUGAUUUGUCCAUACCAAAGGGAGAAGAUGUUGAUCAACUCGGUGAUGAAGUCAUUGGUGAACCCGUUAACGAACAGUACGACGAGUCAAUUAAGAAGCUACAAGCUGAAUCAACCGAUAAGGGAGUGGAUAACGAGGCAAUCUGCUCAGACGACUCUUUCCAGAAAUAGGAAGCUUAAUGAUCCGGUCUUUUUCACUAAGACAUACACGUUCUACUUUUCCUUCUGCAGACUGCAUCGGCAUAGUUAUUGUUUGUUUCUUGCCAUCUCAGUUGUUUAUUAAAAAAUAAUUAUAUGAUUUCAUAACAUAUAUUUUAUUUUAACACGGUAUACACACUUUAGCCAAUGGCUCUUCUUCAGAGUGAUGUGAGGAGAGAUGAAUAGGCCGAUGCAUUUUGCUUCUCCUUCAUAUUUCCACAUUCAGUUCAUUGCUUAAUAUAUUUUGUUUUCCCUUUGUUGUUGUUGUUGUUGUAAGAUUGUCGUUUUUACGUUUUUGUCUAUAGGCGCUGCAUUUCCGACGGCGACGACGGCGUCAACACCAAAUCUUAACCGAAGGUUAAGUUUUUGAAAUGACAGCAUAACUUAAAAGUAUAUGAAUCUAGUUCAUUAAACUUGGCCAUGAGGGUAAUCAAAUACUACUAAACAUCCUGCUUGAGUUUCAAGUCUCAUGAUUAGGGUCAAAUGUCAUUUAGGGUCAAUGAACUUUGGCCAAGUUGGGGGUAUCUGUUUAAUUACCAUCAUAACUUUAAAAGUAUAUGAAGCUGAUUCAUGAAACUUGGACAUAAGGGUAACCAAGCAUUCCUGACAAUAGGUCGCAUAAUCAAUGUCAAAUGUCAUUUAUUGUCAAUAAACAGUAUUUUAUCAUUAUAUAAAUGGUGUUUUUGUGAAUAAUUAUUUUAUAGUAGUUAUCAAAGUCAGCACUGCUGCUAUAUUGAAUUGCGUGAUGCAGGUGAGACUGCCAGAGGCGCUCCACUUGUUGUUCACCGCAUGGUUUCUGAAAAUAGUGCGUGAGUGGGUGAGGGUGUGUGUGUGUGUGUGGGGGGGGGGGGGGUCAAUCCACCCCCGUUCCAAGGCCCCUGUUACCGUUAGUGACCAAAAUUACCAUAAUUUCUAUCUUUAGAGAUGGCCAUAGCAAAUAUGCCAUAGUCUGCUGUACAAACCCUUUACUUGAGUCUGAAUGUGCAGCCUAUAAUGCCGUGUGUACUGAAGGUUAAUUGAAACAGCAAGUCUUAUAUGUGCUAGUAUUUGCGUGGAGACCCAUUUGUUGAUCAAAGUGUCAAUAAGAGUUUGUGCCCGCAGACUAAAUAUGCCACAUGAUGUAAUGGGAUAUGAACUGAGCGUUAAAAACAAAAACAAAUUUAAUGAUUAAUUUUCAAUGACUCUUACUAAUCUUUAUAAACAUUUAAAAACGUUCUGAAUUAACAACACGGAUUUAUUCCUUUAUUGAAAGUGGUGAUACAAACGUUCCAACUCAAGUAGUACUGAUAAUGAAAUAAUAUGAAAAAAUUGUUGCAAUUAGCCAUGAUUAAAUUAUUUUGCAAAUUACUUACAUUUGAUCAUCAAUUCAAUAUUUCCGUCGGUGUAGCGCAACGAUGACGAUGAACGUUGAGAUAAUUAUGUGCUCAAUGAUAAUUAGCGUAAUUUCAUUAAUGGGUGAAAUUGCACUAAAUAUAUUAAACAGGUAAAAUUUUGUUCAAGAUCAUUUACUGUCGGUUACCUGUUAGUAAAUUGAGCUAAAUAAAAUAAUUACUUCAAGAGUCGGUAAAGGUGUCCUAGAAUGUCAUUUCAUAAUUUGGAUGCUCGUCGUUAAGAAACAUAAUUCAACGUUCUUUACUCUCUCAAAUAAAACAGCAAUGAUGCCAUGAUCUUUCUUCGGUUAAAGAUUCGAUUAAUACAUCUAUGACUGUUACCUAGAAAGGUAAAAUAAAAUCAGACAACUAUAAAUCAGUGCUACAAUAAAAUAUCAAUAAAAAUACAUAGGCAUAUAUAUGAUGUUUCUUACUUAUUUGAAUAAUUUGUGAAAAAAAAAUUAAUAUUUUUAUCAAAAUUCUUAUGAUUGAUCAUUCUUUGUCCAUUUUCUAUUAUAAGCGCUUUGAUCUUGUAAUAGUCUAGUGCCCAUUUUGUUAUUCAUCAUUAUCACGAUUAUAGGCUUAAUAAAAUGUUUUUUUUAAGUAUUUUGG